AUGGCAACUAACAAAUUAGAUGGUACAGAAAGAUUUGAAGCAGCAUCUGGUCUUUCCAUGACUGCAGUUGCGAAUCGACGUAUGAACAUGCAAAGAAUGCAAAAUGUCCUCCUUAUUUGGUUGGACAACAAUAUCAAUGAUAAUGAUGUUGAUUGUAGCAAUACAAUCAAGCAAUUGAAACGUGUGGUUAAUAACGUAAACACGUUUACUGAUCGUGAAGAAUGCUUUGAAUUUAUUCUAACCAUUGAAAACAACAAAAUAUGUAUGAUUGUUUCCGGUUCACUUGGGCAAUAUAUUAUACCUCGUGUGCAUGAUAUGUCCCAAGUAGACACAGUUCUUAUUUUUUCUAACAAUCAAGAUUUGCAUAAACAAUGGACUAAAGAAUGGCCUAAAAUAAAAGGAGUCUUCACAGAUAUAACAUUAAUCUGUCAAGCUCUUAAACAAACUGCUCAUCAGUGUGAGCAAAAUGCCAUCUCAAUCAGCUUUGUGGCAUCAAACAAAAAGUUGGAUCAAUUAGAUCCAUCCUUUAUGUACAUUCAGAUCUUGAAGGAGAUCUUCUUAACCAUCAAUUUCGAAGAUAAACAUUUCAAAGAAUUUAUUACUUAUUGUCGUGAAGCAUUUGUCGAAAAUGAGUAUGAUUUACAAAAUAUCGAAAGAUUGGAACGUGAUUAUCAUGAUCAAAUACCUAUUUGGUGGUAUACUUAUCAAAGCUUUUUAUAUCCUAUGCUCAAUCGUGCAUUAAGAUUAAUGGAUGCUGAUAUUAUUGUACGAAUGGGUUUCUUUAUUAAAGAUCUUCAUCGUGAUAUUCAACGACUUCAUUCGGAACAAUUUGAUAGCCAACAAUCUGGUAUAACAUUUACAGUUUAUCGUGGGCAAUGUCUUUUAAAAGAAGAUUUCACUGAAAUGACAAAAACUAAAGGUGGACUUCUUUCAUUUAAUAACUUUUUAUCAACUAGUAGAAAUCGUGAUGUUUCUCUCUUAUUCGCACCGCAAGCUACUACAAAUCCUGAUCAUGUUGGAAUUCUAUUUGUUAUGUCCAUUACCCCUACUCAUUCAACAACUCCGUUUGCUUCUAUCGCAGAUAUUAGUUAUUUUCAUACUGAAGAUGAAGUUCUCUUCUCUAUGCAUACUAUUUUUCGCAUUGAAGAUAUUAAAUCAAUGGAUGGAAAUAAUCACCUCUAUCAAGUGAACCUAACAUUGACCAGCGACAAUGACCAAGACCUUCGGACUCUUACCGAUCAGAUCCGGAAGGAGAUCUUUCCAGAUGAAGAAGGAUGGUACAGACUAGGAUUAUUACUAAUAAAAAUGGGUCAAUUUACAAAAGCUCAAGAAAUUUAUAAUGUUUUACUUGAUCAAACAACAAAUGAAAGUGACAAGGCCCCCAUGUAUUACCAACUAGGUUGCAUCAAAUCUCAACAAGGAGAAUAUCAAGAAGCACUUUCAUCUCAUGAAAAAGCACUUAUAAUUCGACAACAAUUACUUCCCUCCAACCAUCCUCAUUUGGGAGAUUCUUAUAACAGGAUCGGUAUUGUAUAUCGCAACAUGGGUGAUUAUCCAAAAGCACUUUCUUAUUACGAGAAAGCCCUUGGAAUUCGACAGCAAUCACUUCCUUCUAAUCAUCCUGAUUUGGGUGGUUCUUAUAACAGUAUCGGUAAUGUGUAUAACAACAUAGGUGACUAUCCAAAAGCACUAUCUUAUUACCAGAAAGACCUUGCAAUUCUACAGCAAUCACUUCCUUCCAAUCAUCCUGAUUUGGGUGGUUCUUAUAACAGUAUCGCCCUGGCACUUCGACAAGAAUCACUUUCUUCCAAUCAUCCAGGUUUGGGUGCUUCCUAUAACAAUGUCGGGUUGGUGUAUCACAGCAUGGGCGAUUAUCCAAAAGCACUUUCAUUUUAUGAAAAAGCCCUUGGAAUUCGACAAGAAUCACUUCCUUCCAAUCAUCCUGAUUUGGGAGAUUCCUAUAAUAACAUCGGUAAUGCGUAUAUUAACAUGGGUGAUUAUCCAAAAGCACUUUUAGCUCAUGAGAAAGCCCUUUCAAUUCGACAACAAUCACUUCCUUUCAAUCAUCCUGAUUUGGCUAAGUCCUAUAAUAACGUCGGUAUUCUAUAUGACAGCAUGGGUGACUAUUCAAAAGCACUUUCUUAUUAUGAGAAAGCCCUUGAAAUCCGACAACAAUCACUUCCUUCCAAUCAUCCUGAUUUGGGUGCUUCCUAUAGCAACAUCGGCUGUGUGUAUGGAGACAUGGGUGAUUUUCCAAAAGCACUUUCUUAUUUUGAGAAGGCCCUUGAAAUUCGGCAACGAUCACUUUCUUCCAGUCAUUUUGAUUUGGGUGCUUCCUAUUACAACAUCGGUAUUGUAUAUUACAGUAUGGGUGAUUAUUCAAAAGCACUUUCAUCUCAUGAAAAAGCCGUUGAAAUUCAGCAAGAAUCACUUCCUUCCAAUCAUUCUCGUUUGGGAGAUUCCUAUACGAACAUCGGUAGUGUAUAUCAUAAUAUGGGUGAUUAUCCAAACGCACUUUUAUUUCUUAAAAAAGCCCUUGAAAUUCAACAACAAUCACUUCCUGCUAAUCAUCCUGAUUUGGCCGCUUCCUAUAACAACAUCGCUAUGGUGUAUGACAGCAUGUGUGAUUAUCCAAGAGCACUUUCAUUCUAUGAACGUGCAGUACGUAUUGGAGAAAAAUUAUUACCAACAAGUCAUCCUGGACUUCGUAAAUGGAGAGAAAACCUUGAACGCAUGAAAGAGAAAUUAUGA